AUGGAUUUGGAAUCGGUUGGAGAUUUAGCGAUUCACAUGAUUAUGGAAAAUCUAAAACCCGAAGACAUUGCCACAAUUUCCUGUGUCAGCAACAGGUUUAGGUCUUUCACUUCCGACGACACUCUCUGGUUCAAAAUCUGUUCCACUGAACUCUCUCUCACUCAACCGAUUGAUCAUCUCGGAAACCCUCUCCCUUCCUUCAAGGAAGCUUAUCAAACAUGGAGAGAAGCUUUUGUUAUGUAUCCUUGGUCUCUUGUUAAGCGUGUGAAAAGGUGUUGGGACAAUAUAAAAACCUGGCUCGCCAAUAAUUUUCCCGAAGCUAAGGACACUCUUUGUCAAGGUGCGUCGGAAGCCGAGAUUCAAGAGUUGGAGGAUGUUUUACAUGUUAAAUUGCCUCUUCCUACGAGGAUCCUUUACCGUUUUCAUAACGGGCAAGAAAUCGAAAAGCUAGAUCCUGAUACCAACGCCUUUGGUACUAGUUUGGGAAUAAUUGGAGGUUACUCUUUCUAUGAUCAUUUGGUGAAUGUUUAUUUAUUACCUAUUAGUCAAGUAAUCCAAGAGACUCAGCAAAUUUCGCAGAACUUAGGGUUUUUAAGAAGAUCUAAGAAUCUUCUUACCAAUAGAGACAUGAUGCCAUGUGUUCCUCAUAAUUUGAUUAGUUUGCAUCAUGAGUUGGACAGCGAAGAGAUACAGGAUGCCAUGCUACUGUGGUUAGAAGAACAUGGUCGCCGUUUACAACGUGGCUUUAUCAAACUGCUUGAUGAAGGAAAUGCCAGAAGCAUUAAUCUUUUCCCAGAAGAAUUGCCUCUCUGUUCAACUGCUGUAACCAAUGGUGUGCAGGUUCGUGCCUCUGCGUUGGUUAUCCCUGAGUUGGCUGAUCUUCAAGAUGAGGGUCAGAAGUACCUGUUUUCUUAUUCCAUCCGCCUGUCCUUACAACCUCAAGGAUGCGUGAUCAAUGGAAUGUCCUACAGAUCUUGCCAGCUUUAUUGGAGGCACUGGAUCAUUCAUGCUAAUGACGUUGUAGUAUCUGAUGUUGAUGGAGAAGCUGUUAUAGGAAUGUACCCACUUUUGCGACCAGGUGAUAAAGAAUUUGUUUAUCAGAGUUGUGCAUCUCUACCAACAUCAUCGGGUUCCGUUGAAGGUUCCUUUACCUUUGUACCUGGAAGAUUGGUAGACCCAAGAGGAGAUCCAUUCCUAGCUACAGUUGCACGUUUCCCUCUUCAGCUGCCAGACUAUAUUUACUGA